AUUAAGCGUGACACCUCCGGUUUCUUAGCAACCGACGCACUCGGAUGGAAUGGCAAAAUUUGUUCUUGCCGGCAAGGCAGACUGCCCACAUUAUGCCAAAGCGGAGCUUUUAGCAGACAGUCUGCAGAUAUCUCUGCCAUACUUCAGGAUCCAUAAGAUCUCCAUCCUCCCAGAUGAAUGGAAGGAAUGGCUAGAGGCCACCUGCAAAAGAAAUGGCUGGAAGCACGAGCAUUCUCCUUUGGUUUGGCAGGAACUGGUGGCCCAAGGGGGGAAAGGGAUGCUCUUAGGGGGCUUCAGUGACUUCCUAGAGCAUUGUCAGGAUUAUUACGGCAUCACAUCAGACAUGCCUACAGAUAUAAUGCUGAGCAUUGCAGCAGAGAAUCUGGAAGCCAAGAAGAACCUUAUUGUAGAGGAGCAGCUUCGUCUCAGUCUUAUCAGACCCCUUCACAUAUGGAUCAGCAGUGCUCUCAGCCUGACCUGCAACUUCCUGAUCCCCAGUCUGCUCUCUGCUGAGGUGUUCCCACAUGUUUCUGCAAUCAGCCUUCACCUAUUUGACCUGGAUGGAAGUGAGGAGGGAUUACAGAGGCUGAAGAUGGAGACGGAGGACCUGGCUCUACGUCUGCUCCAUCAAGUGACCGUUCACACAGACCUGGAACAGACCAUCCAAAAUGCAGAUGUUGUUUUACUGCUGGAUGAGUGGUGGUCUAAUGAUAUUGAUACAGAGAAUGAGGAGGAAAAGAAGACUAGAAAGGUGGAGUGGAUCUCAGACAGGUACAGGAAGUAUGGACAACUGAUUGACACAAGGGCCAACAAGGAGGUGAAGGUGAUUGUGGCUGGUGACUCAUUUGUCAACCUGAGGUGCUCGCUUCUUCUGGAUAACUCACGCUCCAUUGACAGCCACCAAUUUGUCACCAUGGCAACUCAGCUGGAGAAUGAAGCCAGGGCCAUCAUUGCGAAAAAGCUGAAAGUGAAGACCUCAGAUGUUACAAAUGUCAUCGUGUGGGGGAACAUCAGUGGUAGUUUCUACAUUGACCUGCAGAUGGCGAGAGUUUUCAACUAUAACGGUGCAAUCAAAGGGCCUGCUUUCUUCUCCCAACCAGUCCAAAAGAUUCUCCAUGAAAGGAAAUGGUUGGAAAUGGAUUUGCAAGACUUGGUUCGCUGUCAACGUGCAGCUGUGGCUUCAAAGACCUGCAGAGCAGCUGCCAUGUCUCUCGCCAAUGGGAUCCUCACUGUGCUAAAGGCAUGGAAUGGCUUUUGUGGUUCAGAUGAGAUCUUCUCUGUGGGUGUGCUUUGCCCAGAGUACUACAAUCUCCCAGAUGGCAUCGUCCUCUCAGUUCCAGUCACCUUUGCAGAAGGUAAAUGGUCCGUGCUGUCUGAUGUGACCGUUGGAGAUGAGCUGAAGGAGAGACUUCGGCGUUAUGCGCGUGAACUCAUGCGGGAAAAAGAGCUUGGCUCAGAAGAUUCCGGGAUCGUUAUGAAUACAGAAGACAGCUGA